AUGCCUUCCUGCAUGUCAACCGCCGUGGCCUGGGCCCCGAGACUAAUUCUCUGGGGCUGCAUUGCCAAAUAUCCGCCUUCUCCCACCGUCUCACCAACGUGCCCAUCUUCACUGCUUGUGGUACCCAAGGGUACAGUAUGUGCAAAUCUCGCCCGUAAAAAUCUACAUGCCGCCGUCACCUCCACAAACACCCCAUGUCAGCACAAACUUGUCCCCAGCCUUUUGCCCGCCUUUCUGAAAGACACCCCAUGUCACCGUCCGGUCUGCCCACACCUUCCGUCCUUGCCGGCACCUCAUGCAGAGCAGUCACCCUCGCCGUACGACACUCGGUCACGGCUGCGGAAGGUUCUCCAUGCGCCGGCGACAGAAUCAGCGUGCGAUACAGUAUCCUGA